AUUAAAUAGUGAAGCUGGGUCGCAAGCCAAACGUGAUGAUCAAGGUGAGUAGCCGUGAGCACACGGGGAUUACGAAGUCCCGACCUGAUCCAACUAGGGGAGAGGAAUCCAACGAGACUUCGAUGGGUUCCUAGACUGGACAUAAUCCGAGACAGAGGACUGGAAACAAUCCGAGGCAGAGAUCCACCCGACACACAGGCUCUGGAGAGACAACAAGCAUGAGCCAGGACAAACAACGAUCUGACAACACGCAGCCCAACACACGAGACAAAUAAAGACAGGACAGAACGAGCGGCAGGUGCAGCCGCGCUGAUUAGCUCGUCAGUCCCUUGGUUGCCGGAGCAACGCUGACGAGCAAUCAGACAGCAUCACCGAGAAUGAAACCAAACCCUGAGUACGAGUGACCAACAUCUCAUGUCUUUGUUCAUUAGACUGUCAGAGGAGCAUAUCACCAACCAUACAAGUGAGAAUGAUGCAGAGAACUGCUCUGCUAUUGCUCUGCUGCCUGUUACUGUCAGCGACAUCUUCCCCAGUCCAUCCACUGAGGUUCGGUCAGAGAGCAGCUGCAAUACUGAUGACCUGCUCUAUUGAGGAUCCAAUGCAGUUGCCAGCAGAUACUUCAUCCCAAACACCAGAUGCUGAGUUUAGGUUUGAAAGGCAUGCUGACGCCAUCUUUACCAAUAGCUACCGAAAAGUUCUCGGUCAAAUAUCUGCCAGAAAAUUUCUUCAAACUGUUAUGGGCAAAAGACUUGGACCAUGCACAAACUCGAAACUAUGUGAAACGCCGGUCGGGCAUAUAUGGAGACACCUUCAAGCAAGAUGUGGAUAUGGAUGUCAUUGAGAGGGAACAAAGUUACAGAGAACCACAAAGACUUAAGUUCUCAGUAGUUACACAAUGAUUAAACAUUAAUAAAAAACUGUGAACAGUCUUUAUACUUGCAUUUGCCACAUUUUACACUAGAUUAUUAAAACUCA